GCGCACAGGCCCGGCUUGGAAGCCAUGUUGUGGAAUUACUAGGAUCUGUUACUGGAUACUGUACGUAUCUACGACUGUGGGCUCAAGCGGGAUCUGCGACCCGACUGAGUACUGUAUUGACAGGGCCCCGGGUCUCCCGUCUCUGGGAGUGUGUGGGAAACUGGGGCCCCGGUGCCCCUUAGGGCGGACACGAUGAGCACGGGCUGCGAUCUGUCUCGCAGGAACCCCCAGGAGGAUUUCGAGCUCAUCCAAAGGAUUGGCAGUGGCACCUAUGGAGAUGUGUACAAGGCCCGAAAUGUUAACACCGGGGAGCUGGCGGCAAUUAAAGUUAUCAAACUGGAACCAGGUGAGGACUUUGCCGUUGUGCAGCAGGAGAUUAUAAUGAUGAAAGACUGCAAACAUACGAACAUUGUGGCUUACUUUGGCAGCUAUCUCAGGAGAGAUAAACUGUGGAUCUGCAUGGAGUUCUGUGGAGGUGGUUCUUUGCAAGAUAUCUACCAUGUUACUGGACCGCUCUCUGAACAACAGAUUGCGUAUGUUUCCCGGGAAACGCUGCAGGGAUUGUAUUAUCUGCACAGCAAAGGAAAAAUGCACAGAGACAUUAAGGGAGCAAAUAUACUGUUAACAGAUAACGGACACGUCAAACUAGCUGAUUUCGGCGUCUCUGCUCAGAUUACAGCUACAAUUGCUAAACGAAAGUCUUUUAUUGGAACACCAUACUGGAUGGCUCCUGAAGUAGCUGCUGUAGAAAGGAAAGGAGGAUACAAUCAGUUGUGUGAUAUCUGGGCAGUUGGUAUAACAUCAAUAGAGCUUGCAGAACUUCAACCCCCUAUGUUUGACCUACAUCCCAUGAGGGCCUUGUUUCUUAUGACUAAAAGCAACUUUCAGCCUCCAAAGUUAAAAGAUAAGAUGAAAUGGUCAAAUAGUUUCCAUCAUUUUAUCAAAAUGGCACUCACGAAAAAUCCCAAGAAAAGACCAACAGCAGAAAAGUUACUUCAGCAUCCCUUUUUAACACAGCCACUAAACCGCACACUUGCUAUUGAACUUCUGGACAAGGUGAACAAUCCUGACCACUCUAGUUUCCAUGAUUUUGAUGACGAUGACCCAGAGUUUAAGUUUUGGGGGAUCUUUUCUCCUGCAUCUCCUCCUGUACGUCGGGCCCCUCGUUUUGCAGCCCGUCCCAAGCCUAUGGUUGUUGUACCUCACAGGAUUCACUCAACGAGUAGAAGUGUGAGAGAGGAGAAAACACGCUCUGAAAUAAACUUUGGCCAAAUUAAGUUUGACCCCCCGCUUAGAAAGGAGACAGAGCCACAUCAUGAUCUGCUCGACAGGGAUGAUUUAUUGGACAGUGCAGAAGACAUAUACUACACUGCAAGAUCUAAUCUGGACUUACAGUUAGAGUAUGGACAAGGACCUCAAAGCAACUAUUUUCUAGGUGCAAAUAAGAGUCUUCUGAAAUCAGUGGAAGAAGAAUUACACCAACGGGGACAUGUGGCUCAUUUAGAAGAUGAUGAUGGGGAUGAUGAUGAAUCUAAACAUUCAACCAUAAAGCCCAAGGUACCACCUCCUUUACCACCAAAGCCUAAAUCUAUAUACAUCCCACAAGAAAGCAAUGCUUCUGAGGAUGACAACCAAGGAACCAUAAAGCGAUGUCCAGUGUCAGAGAGCCUAGCACGACCUGCAUCUUAUGUACCCCCAAGGCCUCCUCCUCCACGGUUACCUCCCCACAAGCCCAAUGCUUUAGGCAACGGUGUGGGUUCCUUCCACCUGAAUGGAGACAAGGAAAUGUCUUCACUUUCACAGCAGAGUGAAAAUCAGAAUUCCAAGUCACUGAAUUUGCCUACACGAAAAGAUAAGAAAGAUGUGCCGAAGCCAAUUAGUAAUGGACUUCCACCCACGCCUAAAGUACAUAUGGGUGCUUGCUUUUCAAAAGUAUUUAAUGGCUGUCCUUUGAAGAUUCAUUGUGCAACCUCGUGGAUAAAUCCAGAGACAAGGGAUCAAUACUUGAUAUUUGGCGCAGAGGAGGGUAUUUACACCUUGAAUCUGAACGAGCUGCACGAAACAUCAAUGGAACAGCUUUUUCCAAGGAGGUGUACCUGGCUGUAUGUUAUGAAUAACUGCCUGCUCUCUAUAUCGGGUAAAGCAUCUCAACUCUAUUCCCAUAACCUCCCUGGGAUUUUUGAUUAUGCAAGACAAAUGCAGAAACUCCCCGUUUCGAUCCCAGCACAUAAGCUUCCUGACAGGAUCCUGCCUAGGAAGUUUGCCGUUUCCACAAAAAUCCCUGAUACAAAAUGGUGUCAGAAGUGCUGUGUUGUAAGAAAUCCUUAUACAAGCCAUAAAUACCUGUGUGGAGCUCUGCAGUCCAGCAUCGUAUUAUUAGAGUGGGUUGAACCGAUGCAAAAAUUCAUGUUAAUCAAGCACAUUGACUUCCCAUUGCCCUGUCCUCUCAUGCUGCUGGAGAUGCUUGUUGUCCCUGAACAUGAAUACCCCUUGGUCUGUGUUAGUGUCAGCAAAGGGACUGAUUUCAACCAAGUAGUGCGGUUUGAGACGGUCAAUCCGAACUCUACCUCAUCAUGGUUCACAGAAACAGAUACUCCGCAGUCAGGUGUUGUACAUGUGACACAGCUGGAGCGAGACACCAUUCUUGUCUGCCUGGACCGUUGUAUAAAGAUUGUAAAUCUUCAGGGAAGACUGAAAUCUAGCCGCAAGUUGUCUUCAGAACUUACAUUUGAUUUUCAAAUAGAAUCCAUAGUUUGCCUACAGGACAGUGUUCUGGCUUUCUGGAAGCAUGGCAUGCAGGGCAGAAGCUUUCGAUCAAAUGAAAUCACACAGGAAAUCUCAGAUAGCACACGGAUAUUCCGACUUCUUGGUUCAGACAGGGUUGUUGUUUUGGAAAGCCGGCCAACUGACAACCCUACAGCCAACAGCAACCUAUACAUUCUGGCAGGCCAUGAGAACAGCUACUGAAAACCUCAUUGCUCAGCCAGACAUCACCAGAGGACACACUACACCUGCCAUGUUACCACAACCUGCAACGUCAGACCACAGCAUCUAGUGGCUACGUUUUCUAGAGAUAUAAAUAUAUAAAUAAUUUAUUGUGGCAUGAAACAAAGAUAAGGAAAUUGUUAUGACAUGGUGUGGAUUUUUUUCUUAAACUCCUCCACACAAGUGCUGUGGUCACAAAUAUGUAAACUUUGUACAUACAGGUAGUAUUGCCCCCCCCCCCCCAACACGCCUGCUGUGGCUGUAACUCCAGUCAUACUCGAAUCACUCACAUAGAUAGUGAUCCUUUUAUGACAUACAAGUGUCUUAAUUGUACAGAUGUAAAGGUUGUGAGAUCGGAAAGCAGAUUUGCGCUGGCGGGUUCAACAUUCUGAGAGGUGUGCCCCUUCCUCAGGAUGAAACAGCCACUUGCAAAGGAACCCCUUUAUUAACACUAUUGGAUUUUUUUAUUCAAUGUAAUUAAUUUAGUAAGGCCAAUAUACAUUUUUGUAUAAUGUAAUAAGAACUUUAAUCUAUAGAUAAGUUGUAAGCAUUUUUAUGACACACUUAACUUUAAUGCAAGUACACUGGUGUUUCUAUUUGCACAAGAUAUUGUCAUGUGAUGUAUUGUGUCACAGGGUUAACAGGUGACUACUGUGAAAAUGCAUUGGCUUUAGGUUACUAAUAUUUUUUUUUAGUUUGCUUGCUUCUGUUGUAUUAUGUUUGGAGGAAGGCACAUUACCUUAAACUGUAUUGUGUGAGCAUAUGUGUAUGUUGGUGUCUGUACAUGUGCGUGAGUCUGUGUGUGUAUAUAUAGAUCGGUAUAUAUAUGUACACAGACCAGCAGUUCACUGGCUCACGUAAAUAUAUAGUAAGAAAUCUAGCUUUGGUGCGCAAAAUCCACUGCUCCAAGCAGCCGUAGGUUCCUGGCAAAUAUAAGCUGCACUUUGAAUCCCCCUUUCCCCAGGUUCCCGAACACCAAAGCUUGUUAAAUAUUGUGUGUGUACUAGCGCAAUGGCAAAGCCAAGUGUUUAAUAUGAAGCACGUAUGGCCACAAGCUUACCAUUAAUGGACACAUAACAUUUCAGCCACACACUGAACAACCUAGACAUUCCUCUUUUUUAUAUGUGUUUUUCAUGAAUACUGUGUCUGUGCUUUUUUGUUUUCUUUUUGCCUUAUUUUCAUCCAUUGCGAUGCCUGUGACAGUGCGGCCAAAAUAAUUUAGGUACUACCUCAUGCAAAUAGACUAAAGGAGAUUACACAUUAAAGAUGCUGUUUUGUUUUUUUAUGGAAGUGCCAAGAUCAGCCCCUCGAGGGCACAGUUUUAUACUUUACUAUGAAGUAGCCUAUCAUCCAUUUCAGUGACAGACGGAAUCAGUCCCAUCCCAGACUGCAGAUUCUUCCAAUUAAAUAGACUCCCCUUUCUCAGUGCUUAUGCUAAAUAGUUCAUAUACAGUAAAGGGAUUUUAGCUUUUUUUCUCUUAAUUGUAAUUGUCUACCACUAAAUGUAUAUUAUCUUAGAGCCAGGUAUUUUAAUUGCCAGAAAUGCCUGUUUUAUAGGAAGAACCUGAAAUCUCAUGUUUCUGUUACGUAUUCAUACAGAUCAAUUUACUAGUUGUACAGACCUGUUUCCUUUCCAGAGAAUCUGUGCAGCGCCCUCCAUGGAAAGCAGAGGGAAUUCAAGUCCAAGAAACCAUCAUGGCAGGACUGGAUGACUUAACCAGCCUAAGGGGUGGGAGGGAAAUUGUCCCACGAGUCAGAAAUAGACUAUAAUAGUUUUCUUUCAAUGUGAGAAAUAGGGUAUGUCUGUGUAAAUUAAUAUUUAUAUUUCUGAAAUUUCAGAAAGUGUUUAUGCACCUUUUUUACAUAAGCCCAACUGAAUGAAGUCAUGUCUGAAAGGGAGGGUAGUAUAUUGUCCAUGUAAUAAAAGCACCUUGUCUCA